AUGGUCCUGCGCGGAAAAUACCUACACUGGGCUGUGACAGCUGCAAGCUGUCAAGCCUUUCUUCUCCUGGGAUAUGACCAGGGAGUCAUGAGUGGCCUGAUUGGCGCGAACAAUCAAUUUGGACAAACAUUCAACAGCCCUGAUAGCACGAUGCAGGGUCUUCUUACUUCAAUCUACGAUAUCGGCUGUGCAGUCGGCUGUCUCCUUAGUCUCGUCAUUGGCCACAAAGUCGGCCGCCGCAAGAUGAUUAUUGCUGGCGGUUCAAUCAUGAUCAUAGGAACCAUCAUCCUCGGCAGCUCCUAUACCGUUGCUCAAUUCCUGGUUGGCCGAAUUGUCACCGGUCUUGGCAACGGAAUCAACAGCAGCACCAUUCCAGCCUACCAAUCCGAGCUAGCGCGUCCAGAGCAGCGUGGCAUGUUGCUAUCAGCUCAAGGCACCGUGACAAUCCUCGGUCUGUGCAUCGCAUACUGGCUGGACUAUGGGCUGAGCUUCGUGGACACGCCCGUUCAGUGGCGGUUCCCGAUCAGCUUUCAGGCUUUCUUUGCCGUCUGCUUAGUUUUGCAGAUGAUUCCCCUGCCUGAUUCGCCGCGCUGGCUCUGUGAACAAGACCGCAGUGACGAGGCAGGCUCGGUUCUGGCACGGCUCCAACUGAAUCAGCCUGCUGAUGAGUCCCAUCCUGAGGUUGCUCUUCUACGUCGACAGAUUGAGUCAUCUAUCGAGAUUGAGUCUGCAGGCGGACCCUUCAAGUACAAGGAGCUCUGGUCGGGUGGCCAGAUGGGGAAUCUUCGACGCAUGAUCUUGGCGGCCGUUGUCAAUAUCCAGCAGCAAUUCACAGGCUCUAACAUGAUCAACUACUAUGCCCCCGUUGUCUACCAGAAUGCUAUGAAGCUAUCUCGCAAUCUAUCCUUAAUCCUUGGUGGCUGCACCUCUCUCGCGUACCUUGUUGGCUCGAUUAUCCCCUUGUGGAGCAUGGACAAGUUCGGCCGUCGGGUCUCACUCAUGGUCUCUGCCGCAGGCCUCUGUUUCUGUUUCGUGAUGACUGCUAUUCUAUUAUCAAUCGGCACUACCUCCUGUGCAUAUGCAGCUACCGUGUUCUAUCCGUCCGAAAUAUCGACUACGCGUAUCCGAGCUAGAGCUCAAGCGUUUGGUGGCUUUGUCAAUUGGAUUUGUGUUUUCAUUGUCGUUCAAAUUACUCCGACGGCAAUUGAUAAUAUUGGAUGGAAGACAUUUAUCAUCUUCGCUUGUUUCUGCUUUGCUUGGGUUCCUAUGGUCUUCUUCUUCUUUCCCGAGACCAAAGGCUUAGAACUGGAAGAUGUUGAUCAUCUCUUCUCCAGGGGUGGAAUUACCGGAGGUGUUUGGGAAACUAGAGGUUAUCCCGUUCUCCCUGGGCACCAUCGAACUUUGAAUACCGCAACGAUUGAGAAGCCAAUCAUCGAAACUGCACACAUCGAGGUGUAA